GUCCCGGAAGCGUCGGGCAGCGGGGCCAUGGCGGUCGGGGGCGAGCAGUGGGUGCUGGUGGAGAUGGUGCAGGCCCUCUACGAGGCGCCGGCCUACCACCUGUUCCUGGAGGGCCUCCUGGUGCUGUGGAUCGUCCGCCUGCUCCUCUCCAAGACCUACCGGCUCCACGACCGCUCCGACCUCACGCUCAAGGAAAAGGAGGAGCUGAUCGAGGAGUGGCAACCCGAGCCCCUCGUGCCCCCGGUGUCCCCGGACCACCCGGCCCUCAACUACAGCGUCGUCUCCGGACCCCCGAGCCACGAGGUGGUGGUCAACGGGAAGAGGUGCAUCAACUUCGCCUCCUUCAACUUCCUGGGCCUCCUGGACAACAGCCGGGUCAAGGCGGCGGCGCUGAAAUCGCUGGAGAAAUACGGCGUGGGCACCUGCGGGCCCCGGGGCUUCUACGGCACGUUCGACGUGCACCUGGAGCUGGAGGAGCGGCUGGCGGCCUUCAUGGGCACGGAGGAGGCCCUGCUCUACUCCUACGGCUUCGCCACCGUGGCCAGCGCCAUCCCCGCCUACGCCAAGAGGGGGGACGUCGUCUUCGUAGACGCGGCGGCGUGCUUCGCCAUCCAGAAGGGGCUGCAGGCGUCCCGGAGCCAGGUGCGAGUCUUCCGCCACAACGACGUGGCCCACCUGGAGCAGCUGCUGCGCCAGCAGGAGGACGAGGACCUCAAGAACCCGCGUAAGGCCCGCGUGACCCGACGCUUCAUCGUGGUGGAGGGGCUCUACGUCAACACCGGCGCCGUCUGCCCCCUGCCCGACCUGGUGCGGCUGAAGUACCGCUACAAGGCGCGGAUCUUCCUGGAGGAGAGCCUCUCCUUCGGGGUCCUGGGCGAGCACGGCCGCGGGGUCACCGAGCACUUUGGCAUCAACAUCGAGGACAUCGACCUGAUCAGCGCCAACAUGGAGAACGCGCUGGCCUCGGUGGGCGGCUUCUGCUGCGGGCGCUCCUUCGUCGUCGACCACCAGCGCCUGUCGGGGCAGGGCUACUGUUUCUCCGCCUCCCUGCCGCCGCUGCUGGCCGCCGCCGCCAUCGAGGCCCUCAACGUCAUGGAGGACGACCCGGGCCUCUUCCAGGUGCUGCGGAAGAAGUGCGAGCAAAUGCACCGGGCCCUGCAGGGGACGCCCGGGCUGGCCGUGGUCGGGGAGCCCUGCUCGCCCGCCCUCCACCUGCAGCUGGCCCGCCCCGCCGCCGGGGCCCGCCGGGACCACGUGCGAAUCCUGCAGCGCCUCGUCGACUAUUGCCUCGAGAGGGGGAUUGCGCUGACUCAGGCCCGGUACCUGGACAAGGAGGAGAAGCACCUGCCCCCGCCCAGCAUCCGCGUGUCGGUGAGCGUGGAGCAGACGGAGGCGGAACUGGAGCGGGCGGCGCUCACCCUGCGCCGGGCCGCCGAGACCCUGCUCCCCUAGGGGACCCCCCCCCGUCUACACCACCCUCCGUCUACACCGCCCUCCGUCUACACCGCCCUCCGUCCCCCCCACCGACCC